UCACUGGAGGCACUCAAGACAAGGCACAAAGAAAGCACCAUUACGGACAAGCAACUGCUCCCAAUGGCUCAGCAGUUAAGCAAUGAACAAGGAAUCACUUUAAUUUCCUCCCAAAAAGCUACAAGGGAAGCAAGAUAUUCCAUGAUAUCUGCAUGCUUUAAUUUCAUCAAUUCCAUCAUCGGCUCUGGGGUAAUAGGUUUACCGUACGCAUUGAACCAAGCAGGACUCCCUUUAGGCUUUUUGCUUCUGAUUGUUGUUGCACUCAUCACAGACUACACAAUCAUCCUACUCAUCAAAGGAGGCAACCUGUCAGGGACAAACAGCUAUCAGUCGCUGAUCCAAAGCACAUUUGGUUUUCCAGGAUUCCUCGUUUUAUCAGUGCUGCAGUUCCUCUAUCCAUUCAUUGCUAUGAUCAGCUACAACAUUACUACAGGUGACACACUCACCAAAGUAUUUCAGAGAAUUCCUGGAGUUGGCCCAGGUCACAUCGUCGCUGACCGCCGCUUUGUCAUCGUAAUGUCCACCGUCUUAUGUACACUGCCUCUCUCACUUUAUCGAAAUAUAGAGAAACUGGGCAAGGUGUCCUUCCUGUCAAUGAUACUGACAGUCAUCAUCCUCGUCAUUGUAAUUAUCAGAGCAGUGACCUUGGGACCUGAAGUACCUCCGACGGAGGCCCCGUGGCUUUUUGCAAAGUGGAAUGCGAUUCAGGCUGUCGGCGUCAUGUCUUUUGCCUUCAUAUGUCACCACAAUAGCUUUCUCAUCUACGGCUCUCUGGUGCAACCCACACUAAUCAACUGGACUCGGGUAACUCACAUCUCGGUGGGCUCCGCGCUAAUAAUCAGUGCCACGUUUGCGUUGGCAGGUUAUGUCACCUUUACGGGCUACACGCAAGGAGACAUAUUUGAGAAUUACUGCAGAAAUGAUAACUUGGCAACGUUCGGUCGCUUCUGUUUUGGUGUCAGCAUCAUCACAACGUUUCCGCUGGAGUGUUUUGUUACUCGAGAGGUGAUUUCGAAUUCCAUUUGUGGUCGAGAGCUUUCCAAAGUGGAACACAUGUUUGUAACUGUGAUCAUAGUUGCAGUUUGUACAGCGAUAUCUUUGGCCUACGAUUGCCUGGGAAUUGUUUUGGAGUUGAAUGGUGUUCUGAGCGCCACACCACUGAUCUUCAUUAUCCCCUCUGCGUGCUUCCUCAAACUUUCCCCUGGAUGCUGGUAUCACCGUGAAAACUUGAUUCCCACCAUUUUGAUUAUUCUCGGGGUAUUCGUCAUGAUCACUGGCUUGACGAUGACGAGCCUCUACCCCCAAGACUGUUCACACGGCGUGGAGAUGUUCUACUGCGCGGAUGCCAAUGUCUCCACCACUGUAUCGCCUGUAUGACUGCAACUUAGGAGGACACUCAGAACAUUGGAAUGUUCUUUUGGACUGCGCAUCGCUUUUUCUUUUACUAAAUGCUCUUCCACAAGAUGACAGUAUGUAAAAUGAACCCGUGUAUUCACCUUUUGCCAUGCAUACAACAGAAUACGGUAACAGCUUUGUGUCUAACUAAGCAGGCCCAGAUUUCACACUUUUUGAAUAGAGACGAGAUCGUCAUUAUUUCUGUACAUAUACUUUUUGUGAUUUUUGUUUGUUUGGUGGUAUGCUGUGAGAUGUUUAUAAUGUAAAAUACAUUACAGUACACGCAUAGAGUUAGUGAUAUUGGGAUUUGGGGUGAAAUUUCAAUGUUUCUUUUUGCACAACUAGCUUUUCUCUAACGAGAAGCUGAACAGCAAAAUUAAGAAGAGGUGUUUUUUUUAAAUUUCAGAAGUCUACUUCUUUGUCUUUCUGUUUCUCUUUCUAUCCCCCUGUAUUUCCAUUGCAACCCCCUAAUGACUCCUUGAAGCGCUAAGAUAGUGAUUCUCAAAAUGUGUUACAAAUACCACUUGUGGUACGCUAGCUCUCUCUUAUGGUACGGAACAGAAUCACUUAAAUGUUUCAACUGCAUAAUGUUAAAGUAUCUUAUUUUUAAAUGUUUAAUCCUGUACAGUACAUUUUUUAAGUACAGUUUAGCUUUAACUUUUAAAUGCAAUACAUUUGCAUUUAAUCUUUUAGAACUGUUUCCUUUCAAACAUUUAGGUACAACUUGUAUUUAACUUUCAUGGCAAAAGAUUCAAAUUGAAUCAUUGUUUAAGUACAGAUUUUUAAAUUAGUUAUAUUUAAGUAUAGUGGUGAUGUUAAAACUGCAUAAUGUUACAAUAAUACUAAAUAUACUUUUUAGUAAUAAGACCUCUGUCUUGUUUUUAAUGACCAUUUGGGGCUACAACGCUUGUUUAUUAUUAUAUAUUUUUUUAAAUUAAUGUUGAUCAUUCACUUUCCUCUGAAAACAGAAUAUGUGUCGUCUUGGUCUCGUGAUGUUUAAAUGUGAACCGCAAGACGAAGAGGACUGUUUAAAUACCAAUUCUAACUUAACCAGGAAAUAUAUCGGUCGCUUCAUGGAUCAAACACCUGUUGUGAAUUUUCCCUUUGAGCUGUUGUCAAACAGCAAGUUGUGGAACAAGUACUGAAACAUUGAACGUGUUGGACAUGCAUUCAUGUACAUUAAAAAUUAAGAGGUUAAACUAAGUUCACCAGUGAAUUCAAUAGUGCCUUUUAGGUCCAUCAUGAAAUUUCACUCGAA